AUGGCCGAUCUACCAGCACACGCUUCGCCAAAGCUCCCCCCACAAUCGCUUCCUGGCGGAUUACCAGACGAUGUGAGCCAGACAAGCAGCGCAACCGGCGAAAAGACGCCAGCAUUGCCCGAUUCUCUGCUAUCGCCAGCAUUUACCCCGCCCGCCACCCCCGGCGGCACAGUGCACCUGAAUUUGAACCCCACGCAAGUCCUACACCAACACCAGGCCGCAGAUCUCGAACAUAAGAGUGGUCACGAGAAGGGGCCGAAAUUGCUCUCGCAGCUUCCGGAGGUGGAAUGUAUUGUUCGGGCUCGGAUCCCGACAACCAAUGGCGCGGAAAUGUUCCUUCACUUAUACCACAACGAUUUAGACGGAAAGGAGCAUUUGGCAAUUGUUUUUGGAAAUAACAUUCGCAGUCGGAGCUUGGACAGCGUCCGGCCGGGGGAGACCGAGAUGGACCGAAUGAUCCGCGGCGCAUACGUGGGGAAGUUGCACCCGGGAAGAGUUAGCAGUAGAUAUGACGACGAGAAGGCGGGAUCUGUGUCUACGCCAAAGUUGAUUGAGCCUCCAUUGGUUCGAAUUCAUUCGGAGUGUUACACAGGAGAAACAGCGUGGUCUGCAAGAUGCGAUUGUGGCGAGCAGCUGGAUGAGGCGGCGCGCUUGAUGUCUUUCCCCGUUGAGGAUAUUGCUUCCGAUGCGCCGCCAGAGGCACAGUCUCUUCAGUCACAAUCCACGGGUGGUGUGAUUAUCUACUUGCGACAGGAGGGCCGAGGAAUUGGACUCGGCGAGAAGUUGAAGGCAUACAAUCUUCAGGACCUCGGUUCGGAUACUGUUGAAGCAAACCUCCUACUUCGUCACCCGGCUGAUGCCCGAAGCUAUGGCCUUGCCACUGCUAUGCUGGCUGAUCUUGGUUGUGGCGCAGACUCCAUUCCAGAGGGAAUUCGUCUACUCACAAAUAAUCCCGACAAGGUCCGAGCUAUCGAAGGACCCAACCGAGAAGUCCUCGUGAAGGAACGUGUCCCGAUGAUCCCAUUGGCAUGGCGCACUGGCGGUCAGAGGGGAAUUAAGAGUUCUGAAAUCGAGGGCUACUUGCAAACUAAGAUCUCCAAAAUGGGUCAUAUGAUCCAGUAA